CGUCUUGUGUUUCAGAUUCCGCCACCAGGCUUAGCUAUUCCGCCGCCGCCAAUUGCACCAGUUCCUUUGUCGACCGGACAACUUACAGUGGAAGGCUCGGUUGAGCUUCAAACAGAGCGAAAAAUAAAGGCACGGCUUUUCAUGGAAAAAAUAUUAAAUGAAAAAAGAGCGGCAAAACUGCGCGCGCAGAACGAAGAACAACAGAAGCGUGAAAGCGAGUUGCUCAAAAAGUACGAGGAAACGCACGGCACCUCUGCUUCAUCAAAGCUGAAGAAUAAAGACAGUACCGAGAAUGUGGAAUCGAUGCCUUCAGUGGCUGAAUUUGAUCAAGUGGCCAGUUCACGAACUGAUAGGGCUUCGCAUGACCAUCCUGCUGAAAAAAAGAUUGAAAUGGUAACUGCAGCUGAAAGUAAUAGCCGCUUGCAGGGGUCAUCUGUUGAGCUGUAUUUGAAACCAAAAUUAGCAGAAAUUCUGCUAAAUGUUGCGAGGCUAUUUGAUUCGGGCGGAUUGCAGGGAGACGCAGAAGCAUUCGAAAUCCCAUUCCAAGAAAGAAAAGAAAAGGAAGAGGGAGAAACACCGUGGUAG